AGUGUGUUGAAGUAAGGCCCAAAUAGAAUUACCCAAGGAACUAGCAUCGCUUUCCUUGGUGCUGCGCAAGAGAAGAGAGAGGGAGUAAUGGACAGAGACGAAGCAGAAACCAUGGAGAAUGUGGAAUUCGAUGCUUCUGAGAUUGAGUACGUUAGUUACGGUGGCGAGCAUCACCUCCCUCUCGUAAUGAACCUGGUGGACCAAGAACUCAGCGAACCUUAUUCCAUCUUCACGUACCGUUACUUCGUCUAUCUCUGGCCUCAGCUUUCAUUCCUGGCGUUCCACAAGGGUAAAUGCGUGGGCACCGUGGUAUGUAAGAUGGGGGAACACCGUAACACUUUCAGAGGCUACAUUGCUAUGCUGGUUGUCAUCAAGCCCUACAGAGGAAGAGGCAUUGCUACGGAGCUUGUUACUAGGUCUAUCAAGGUGAUGAUGGAAUCAGGUUGCGAAGAGGUUACAUUAGAAGCGGAAGUGACAAAUAAAGGAGCACUGGCACUGUAUGGUCGCCUUGGCUUUAUUAGGGCCAAGCGGCUCUUUCACUACUAUUUGAAUGGAGUUGAUGCUUUCCGUCUGAAACUUUUAUUUCCCCGCUCAGAGUUGCACCCAUCUCUGCCUAUGAUGGCAGAUAAAUACGAGAGCCACAUGCAAAGUGAUCAUGGUGAUGCACCAUUUAAAGAAUGAUUUGGUUCUGUAUUUUGAGGAAACACCUUGGGCAUAUUGCUGUUGUAUUAAUCACGCAUAUCAAUUAUUGUACAAUUUUUUGCAGAAUAACUCCUUUAUGUGAAAUGACUAUCUAUAUAGAAAAAACAUCAAGUGCUUUAGGAUCAAUGUUAAGCUUUUUUUGGGGAUGAAAAGUCAAAUGACUUGAAUCAAUACGAGAAGGUCGUGUUCAAAUUUUGAAUACAACAUGUUCAAUAUUUAUUGAGAGAAAUAAGCAUAAAUUUUGAACCUUGUAUACUAUGUACGUAACGUAAGAGAGGAUUUAUUUCCUGAUGUCUUAA